CACAUCAGAGAGGCUCGAGAGCUGGGAGUCUGUGUUCAGGUUGGAAACUGUAUCAUAAAGAAAUAUAAAGAAACCUCUUCAUGGAGACUUCUGGCGCUGUUCCUGCUGGGUUUUGGAGAGAUGGUAUAUUUUGGCUGGUGUAUGGUGAGAACCUGGCAUGUUGAUGAGCAUGCUCUCUGAAUAUAAAGGUGUGGUGAGAAGACAACAGCUGAGAUUUAUAUAAUCAUGGAUGACAUCAAGAAAAUCUUUGAUGUUUACGUGUCGUGAUUCAUACACAAGUAUAGAGAGGAAUUAUUACAGUGUUUAAAAAACGAAACAUUUGAUUGUAUCGCCUCAUUCCAAGCUGAAUUAGGGAGAACCCUACCAGGAGUCAUAAUGCUUGACACCAAAACCAAAGAUUUGUGCCGUAUCUGUGCACGGGAGCUCUACGGGAACCAGCGGAGAUGGAUCUUCAACCCUGCAUCCAAGCUGAGCCUGCAGGUGUUGCUGACCCACGCGCUGGGCAGGCAGGUGGCGCGGGACGGGCGCAGAGAGUUUGCCUGCAGUAAGUGCGCCUUCAUGCUGGACCGCAUGUACCGCUUCGACACGGUUAUAGCCCGGGUCGAGGCUCUGUCCAUCGAGCGCAUGCAAAAACUCCUGCUGGAGAAAGAGCGGCUUCGCCAGUGCAUAGGGGGGCUUUACCGCAAAAACAAUCCUGAAGAAACUGAUUGUGAAAUGCCGAAAACCACAGCCGAGACUUCACUUGUAGACACGCCGGCCUUGCCUGAUGCCAAGUACAGCUCUCUGUUAGAAGAAGACCUGACAUACUCUGUGUACGAGUGCUGGGCUGAGCAUGAUUCUCAGGGACGCACAACAGGUCCACAUCAACAAACUGCACACCAUCACCACCACCACCACCACCAGUGCCAUACGGAGACUGAUGCUGGUGCACAACUGCGCUCCAGGAAGUGCAGGGGAUGCACAACACUGCGAGUGGCUGACUCCGACUACGAAGCCAUCUGCAAAGUGCCCAGAAAGGUGGGAAGAAGCACCUCAUGUGGACCCUCAACCCGCUGCUCUGCUAGCAAUCUGACCAGCACAGAAGAAACAUGCACAGAAUCGGAACCUUGCGAGCCAGCCGCUCAGUCAUCAAGUCUCACCGAGAUCAGUCAAACUGUGGAAACUGCAGAGAAUGAAAACGUCAGUCUCAGUCCGGCAACGUCUAUUGAGUCACUGGACGCCCCAUGUGAUACCUCAGGUGACACCACAGGGGAUGCCACUGGUGAUGUCAGUCAGCCCUGCACAUUAGCCCAUCCAGACCUCUUGGUGGGACAGAUGGAAGAGGAAAAGGUCAUGGCACAGAGGUCCAGUACAGAGCAGAGCCCCAAAACAGGAGUGGAGCUGGCACUCAGCCUGGUUAAAAGCUUUCACCUUCGUCCAGUCCAGGUUUUCCGAGGCAGCCGACUACCUGUACCGGUCAAGCCUGUAGCUGUGCACCAGAUCGCUCACACAGCACUGGACUGUUCUCUCUCUCUCCAGCCUGCUGACAUGGUUCAUCUCAGCACCCAGCAGGAACUGCAGCUGGACCUGGCUGAGAUUGAGGCACUUUGGAUGGACGAUUAUGUCCCAUGUGGGCCUCUGGGCUUCCAGGAGAAGCUGAUUUCGGAGCAGCAGGUUCAGCUGGUGCAGUAUGAAAACGCAGCUGGUCAGUGUGUGACAGAACUGCAGAAGGCGCAGCUAGAGGUCCAGUCUCUCCAGGCUAAGAUCAGGGAGAGUGAAGCCAACAACAAGAAGCUGCAGCAGCGACUCGGAGUCAUGGAGUGUGAGCUAAUGUCUUUCCAGGAGAGAGCACAAGGACAGGAGAGAACUAUCCAGACUCUAAGUGACUCCCUCAGCACUAAGGACAACGAGGUUGCUGACCUUCAGCAGCACAUAGAGGAGCAAAAGCAGCUUUUGAUUUCGCUGAAGAAGCAGAACCAACAUGAGCAGCUGCAGACAUCCACUACAGCACCCAGUCUCCUGCAGGCUGAGCUGUUAGAGCUUCAAGCCUCACUGUUUUCAACCCAGCUGGAGAUACAGAGCGUCCAAAGAGCCCAGCGCCAGGCCCAGAGACGAGAGGACGAGCUGGCACGUGCCAACCAGCGCCUCCUUAAUGAUCUCCAGGGGGUGCAGGAUCAACGCCGGGAAGCUGAGUUACACAAUCAAGAGCUGCUUGCUGCUCUGCAGAGAGCACGCUCAGACCUGGAGCAGAUGGAGGAGAAGUGGAAGGAGGGAAAGGGAGACAAAGAGAGCGAGGUGGAGGAAAGAGAGAGAACCAUCAGGGAGAUAAAGACCAGGCUGCAGCACAAAGAACAACUGCUACACGACUACACUGAGCUGCUGGACGAACAGAAAGAAGCAGGAGGAAGCAGAGAUGUCCUGGUCCACAAGCUCAAGUUACGCAUUCAGGAAAGAGACCGAGCCCUGGAGCGCGCUGUGGACGAGAGGUUUGUGUGUGUGGAGCAGAAGGAGACGGAGGUCCGCAAGCUGCAGCUGCUCCUCCGGGAGAAAGAGAGAGACCUGCAGAAACUGCGCUGUGUCCUCUCUAACAACGAGGAGACCAUUACGAGUUUGGAGGUGUUGUUGCGGGGUAAAUCUAUAGAGCUGGAGCAGGUGAGUGAAGCCUGGAGGGGGAGCCAGCGAGUCCAGCGCGAGUGUGAGGACAGACACACCUGCAGCACGAGAGAGAGAGAUACACUCAUCGGCCAACUCCAGGCAGCACUACACACACGCACAAAAGACGUCGAGGAGUUAACAGCUGCUCUCCUCAGUAAGCUGCCCCUGAGCUCCGGCGAGGUCGAAGAGAAACUGAAAGCUCGGCUGCAGAUUAAGGAGCGUCUUUUUCAGGAGCUGCUCGCGGAGCACGGCCGACAGACCCAGGAGCACCACACACACAUCCAGGAGCUGCUUAACGCUGCCCGCACCAGGGAGCAGUGCAUCAAGGAUUCAGCAGAGCGUGCGGGUAAGGUGAUGUCAGAGCAGACGGCGCGUCUGCAGGAGCUGCGCAGGCAGGUGAUGUCUGCAGGAAGCAGAUCACCGAGUGCAACAGAGCAUUUUGAAGAUGUACAACUCCUCCAGGAGGAGCUCAGGCUGGCGCUGUCCAAAGACAAAGAGGCCCAGAGGGAGCUGUCUGUCCUGCGCUUGGCUUUAGCCAACACCCAGGAGCACUUCCAGACCCAGACUUCACAGCUGAACUCUUUCAACCACACGAGUAAACCUGAGCAUCUGGUGCCCAUGGAGACGGAGCAUGCAGCCAGUUCACACACUGAUACAGGAGAUUCUACUUCAGACGUAGAGGAGGAGGAAGACAGGAUUAGUGACUUCGCAGAGAGUACAGAGGAAGAGGAGCACGGCCGAGUCUCAGCACAGGCUUUAUUCAAUAAGCAGGGCUACGAGCAGCAUGGAGGAGCUGCGCUAUCUCAGACUCCUGCAGAGGUGGAGGGCCAGGGCCUGGCUGAGGUCAAGCUGUUAGUGGAACAGAAGCAGGCGGUUGAGCAGAAACUGUGGGAGCUUAAGGCUCAGCUAGAGAAGUCUGGCUUCACUUCUUUUUCUCAGAUGAGGAGAGCCUUGCUCAGCCUGCGCAUGGAGAACGAAGAGCUCCGAAACACACUGAGAAGACCUGAGUCAGAGGAAGAAACACAUGCACUCUUAGAAGAACAGAGAGCAAGAGGAGUGCAGUGGCAGUCUGAACCGUGUGAGGGGAAGAAGAGAUGCAGCAGAGUGCUUUGUCUCGACCCGGGAACACAGCUUUCUCAUUCCACACAGCCAGUGCAGCAAAAACUGCAAGAGAAAUUCAUGGUGUCUAAACCCACCAUACAGACCCACGCAGAGAGACUCCGAGACUCCAAAGAACAACUCAUGGAGACACCUGUGCAGCAUAACAGUAAGCAGGUGCAGGUCGACCUACAGGAUCUGGGUUACGAGACGUGCGGCCGCAGUGAGAACGAGGCUGAAAGAGAGGAUACCAGCAGCCCAGAAUUUGACGAUCUGGAGCUGUGCACAUCUCUUUCGUGCCGAGAUGGCGCACCCCAAUGGUGGUCUGGUCUGGGCGCGAAGGACCGAGCAGGAGGUGAUGUUGCGUCUCUGCAGCAGCAGGUGGAGGAUUUGCAGGUGCAGCUCUCUCGCUCUCAGGCUCUGGUGCUCAGCCUGCAGUCUCGCCAUCAGGACUCCACUCUGAACUCCACACCUGGGAAGUCGAACCGGGACGACAGGGAGCUGCAAGAGCUGGUGACUCGCGUGUCCUCUCUGGAGGAACAGCUGAGGAAGGGCAAAGGUCAUGCUGCAGAGGAGCCCAAGAGCUCCACCAGGACUGGGAAGUUUGAUACACUGAUCCAAGCUCAAGCUCGGGAGCUCUCUCACUUGAGGCAGCGAAUGCGCGAGGGACGGAGUGCGUGUCACAUUCUCACACAGCACCUGGGAGACACCACCAAGUCGUUCGAGGAACUCCUGCGAGACAAUGACAUUGACUAUUACAUGGGCCAGAGUUUUAGAGAUCAGCUAGCCCAGAGUUCAGCCCUGGCCCAGAGGGUCACAGCCAAGAUCAGCAGCCGGGAUUACUCUGAAAUACCAGAUGACAAGACAGGCCAUGAACUGCUUGCAAUCCGGUUAAGUAAGGAGCUCCAGCAGAAAGACAAACUCAUUGAGUCACUGCGCUCUAAACUUGAGCUCCAGCGUGCAGAUUCACCCAGCAGCAGCCGCUCUCACUCAGGAGAUGCUGACCAGUUGGACCGCGGAUCUUUUGUCAUAGAUGAACAGGGUUCCACUAAUGAAGACCUUGACUUAUGCUCAGAACUGGACACUGUCAGUGAGUUCGGCCAAGAUGAGGUAGCUGAUGACCCUCUGCAGCCUGCGCCGUCACAUCCGCAUCUAUCCAACCCACCGUCCGUUACUUCCUCACAUGGCCACCAGACGUCCAGCUGCGGUCCCAGCAUGCACUGCACACCUCUCAGGCUCACGGAGGGCCAGAUACAGACAGAGCUCAGUUCUGGCCCCUUACCCCAGUGUCUCUCAGCUCAAAUGGCUUUUCUGCCGUUUGACGCCCAAACACAAUACCUAAGACCCCGUUCUAACACCACAGGGGGCUUCUCUUUGGCUGAGGUGCACCAGGAGCUGCAGAGACUGCAGAAAGAGUUAGCAAACAGUUUUAGCAGCGCUCAGGUCAAACCCCUGCCAGGCGCUUUCCACCAGACCGACCACAAUGACUUUCACCUUCCAUCCCAGCAUGUCUUUCAGCAAUCUCCAUUUGCUAGCCUUCAUGCUAGUCCGGGUAUGACAUAUGGGGCUCAGCUUAAGCGAGAAAGCACUUAUAAUGAUAUCUCGUCAAGCUCAUCGGGGUAUCAGUCUGGCGCGCGUCACACAGGGACAGACUUGAUGGAGGAGCACCUGAGGGAGAUACGCAGUCUCCAUCGACGUCUCGAAGAGUCCAUCCAGACCAAUGAACGCCUGAGACAGCAGCUGGCAGAGAGACUAGACUCCAGCAAACAUGAUGGAGGUGCUCCUACAAACAUUUACAUUCAGGGGCUUGACUCUGUCAAUCAGCUGUCUAAUGAGGUCCAAUUCCUUAAAGAGGAGAACCAGGCACUCCAGAGUCAGCUCCAGCAAGCAGGCAGAGAUGUUUCUGUAUUCGAUAUACAAGAGGGCAUGAAACAGGUGGAGCACCUGCGGGAUGCCGUCCUAUUGGAGCACACUAGGCUGAAGCAGGCAGAGCUGGAAGCGGAAAAGUGGGCAGGGCAAUUCAGGCAGCUGCAGGCGCAAAUGCGAGAGCAGACGCAGGUGGUUCUGCAGCUCAAGCAAGACAAACAGAUCAGUCAGGAGAACGCUAACAGGCUCCAGCACGAAGUUAACAUUCUCCAGCAGCAGCUGAGUGAAAGCAGACGACUCAUGCUUACUCUUCAGUGUGAAUUAGAGACGCACCGCAGGUCAUGUGAAACCACCCACACGGACAGUCAAGAACCAGAAAUGCAGGAGGCAGCGUCUGACAUGCACAUGCUGGAGCAACAGCUAAGUGACAGGGUGGAUCCAGAGGUUCCAGCUAGAAAACUCCUCUUCCAUGACUCGUCUUGCUCUCCUCCUGUUCGAGGCACCUUUAAUCCAGCGUCAGCGCUCUCUGCUCAGCUUCAGUUCUCUGUUGCUAAAUCGGGUGUUAAUAAGAGUGAAGCCCCAGACGGCUCGUUCGCCUGCAGGACAGGGUGUCAUGUUGUGGGCCACUGGGACGACUUCAGCACCUUGCAGCAGCAGCUCCUGGAUGGCAAAGUGUUCAUCUGCAAGAUGGAGGCAGCACUGCGAUCCAGCAUGGAGAUCAACCUGCAUGAGGCCUGUGUGAGGAACCUGCUGACCAGCACCAAGACCUUAAAGCAGAUCCUGGAGGACAUUGGUUCUGUCCUCAAAAUGUUCUGGAGGGCUGCUCUCCCGAGCACUGAGACCACAUCACAGGAUGAAAAGGAGAAAACUUUAACAGACGAAGUUAUGGCUUUGAGGCAUAAACUCGCUGAACAGGAACAGACUUUAAGAGAGACGAUGGAGAGCCUGAAAAACUCCAACCGCACCAAAGACAGCAUGGAGCAAUUUAUCGUCAGCCAAUUGACCAGGACACGAGACGUGUUAAAAAAAGCUCACACAAACCUUCAGAGAAACGAGCUCAGGGUCAACUCUUUAGGCUGCUCCUUUCCUCCUUCCUCUCCUCAGCCUUUCUCCUUCACUCCUCCCUGGGCUUCUAGAGGUAAAGUCUCAAACACUGGAUGCACCUCUUCUUCUGGACCGAGUAUCCUGACAACACCUGGUCACCACCCACACAAGCUUUCCCAAGUGGUAGUGAAGCACUUUGGCAUGCAGCGCCCUCUACAGAUGUUCUCUGGCAGUGAACGAACAGCCCUCCAUGUCCACACUGCUGCGCCCACGCCAUGCUGAGGGAGCUCACAGCUUUAGAUAUGUGACUGGUUGUUUGUGCUCAGGUGUAAUCAGCAGAUCCUGUAGCUUUUGCUGUGUUUUACGUAGAUCUCAGGUAGGUUAAUAUACAGGUGUCUUUUCCUAAAGCAGCUCCAUUAGCAAAAAAAAAAAAAAAAUGACAAAAAAACAAAAGCUGCUGGCUUAGACCAUGGUUCUUGAGGUUGAAUUUGGUACACAGCUGUAUGUGCUUUGAUAUUUUUUUCAUUUUUUAAAAAAAUUACAUUUUCUGUUACACUUUUUGUAUGUUCCACUUUUAAUUAUGUGCGCACUGCCUUUAGACAGAGAGCAGUUCUUCCCAAAAUUGUUCUCCUAAAUUAUCUUUAAAAACAUUUUUCUGACAACACAUGAACCAGAUCGUCUGUGGACGAUUGCUGCGGGUAUAAAAGUGACCUUAUGGGCUGGGCUGAGAACCUGCCUGGAACAGACUGAGAUUUGAUUUGAUUUGGCCUUUGAACUGUAGCAGGAGAUUAAGAUUGGUUUAUGUUUAAGAGAAACAGCAAAUCCAUAUUUUUUCUGUGUGUGUGUGAAAAGAAUAAUACUUUUAAGACAGCUGUGUUAUACUUUGUCUAUGAUGAUGCAAUGCUAUGAUUUACAAUUUAAGAGCAAGAACAUGGACACUGCUGCUUACUUUUGAACACUGUAACUCUGAACAGGUAAUAAUAAUAAUAAGAAUAAACAAGGAAAUUCUGCUGUUA